AUGGCCUCCGAGCUUGCGAGUAAGCUCGAGGGGACCACUCUCACCGAUGGCAGCACAAACAACGACUGGAGGAGUGGGCUGAAGCAACCCGCAAAAGAUGGCAGACAACAAACGGAGGACGUCACAGCGACGAAAGGCCUGGAGUUCGAGGACUUCUACUUGAAGAGGGAAUUGUUGAUGGGCAUAUUCGAAGCAGGGUUUGAGAAGCCGUCACCAAUCCAGGAAGAGACCAUCCCAGUAGCGCUCACGGGCAGAGACGUGCUGGCGCGAGCGAAGAACGGCACUGGCAAGACUGCUGCCUUCGUCAUACCCACACUCGAGCGCAUCAACCCCAAGCUGGAGAAAACCCAAGCACUUCUGUUAGUACCGACACGAGAGCUGGCGCUGCAGACAUCUCAAGUAUGUAAGACACUCGGCAAGCACCUCGGCAUCAACGUCAUGGUCACAACCGGAGGCACUGGUCUCAAGGACGACAUCAUACGGCUGAGCGACACCGUACACAUCAUUGUGGGCACACCUGGUCGCAUUCUCGAUCUCGCCUCGAAAGGCGUGGCCGAUCUCUCAUCUGCGCAAACCUUCGUCAUGGACGAGGCUGACAAGCUUCUGUCGCCCGAGUUCACUGUCACAAUUGAGCAGCUUCUCCAGUUCCACCCGAAGGAUCGGCAGGUCAUGCUGUUCUCUGCCACGUUUCCCAUUGUCGUCAAGUCUUUCAAGGACAAGCACAUGCGGGAUCCACAUGAGAUCAAUCUGAUGGACGAGCUCACGCUUCGAGGUAUAACGCAAUACUACGCCUUCGUGGAGGAGAAGCAGAAGGUGCACUGCCUCAACACCCUGUUCAGCAGACUGCAGAUCAACCAGUCCAUCAUCUUCUGUAACAGCACAACACGAGUGGAGCUUCUCGCCAAGAAGAUCACAGAACUUGGCUACUCCUGCUUCUACUCGCACGCAAAGAUGCUGCAACAGCACCGCAACAGAGUCUUCCACGACUUCCGCAACGGUGCGAUGCGCAACCUCGUAUGCUCAGACCUCCUCACCCGUGGUAUCGACAUCCAAGCCGUCAAUGUUGUGAUCAACUUCGAUUUCCCCAAGAACGCUGAGACCUACCUCCACCGCAUCGGCCGCUCUGGUCGCUUUGGUCAUCUGGGUCUGGCCAUCAAUCUGAUCAACUGGGAAGACCGAUUCAACUUGUACAAGAUCGAGCAAGAAUUGGGUACCGAAAUCCAGCCCAUUCCAGCCUCUAUCGACAAGAAGCUGUAUGUGUACGACACCCCCGAGAACAUCCCACGACCGAUCAGCUCUGCACCGCAACAGCGCGGACAGCAGUCGCAGCAGGGUCGUCAGCAAGGCAAUGGCCAAGACCUCCAGAACCCCGCGAACCGCACAGGAGGCUACCCGCGCGGCAGAGGAGGACACAGAGGUGGGGGAGGGUUCCGUGGGCCGCCUCGCGACCAGAAUCAGAACGGCUUCCAAGGCCCACCAAGGCAGGGCGGCUAUCAGCAGCGGCCGCCUCAGCAGCAGCCUGCAGGCCCACCUGCUGCUCAGGCAUAG